AAAAAAAAAAAACACCUGGUGUGCUGAGUUGUUCCCUCUGGUUAGGCUUCUAGUUUUUUCUAGGAACUUUCACAUAGCAUUCUAUGAAAACUUUUCGGCUUCCUCUUGUCUUUCUCCCCUUGGUUUUUUCUUCCAGUCCCGCCACUGCUCCUUUAUGUGGCUGGUGGGAUGGGUGUGCAGUGGAGUCUCUGACCAGAACAACCUCAGUGGCCCCUCCCUGGGAGGUGGGUGGGAGUGUCAGCCCUCUCCUCCCCAUCUCUGCCCCAGGCCAGGGAGGUGGAGCCAGCUCACCUCCCUCUUUCAGGAUCCUCCGCCUCAGGCCCUUCCCUGGAACACCCCAGAAGUUGCAUCUCUGGGUCGGACCCCUCAAAGUACUAUGGAGGAAGCAAGUCCUUUUGGCUUCUAAGGCUGGCCCCGGAAGUCUGGACAGGUGACAGCCCUGCCUAGGAGUCUCAAUAUUCUCUUUUGAGGAGAAAGCCAGAGUCUCGUGGUUUCUGUGUUUGACUGUGAUUGAUGAAAAGAAUGCUAAUGAAGUACCCAAUAAAAGCAGUUAAGUCAGAGAGCUAAGACUGCAGACAGGGCUGGAAUUACUCAGCUGCUCUCUAAUGGGGUGAGGUGGGGGGUGGAGGGAAGGCAAUCAAUUUAAUGUGGUUUAUUCCCUCAGAAGACACUGAGACCUGAUCCUACAAGGGGUGGGUGAGCAAACCUCCCAUCUGGCCCCCCUCUGGUUCCCACUUGACUCAGUUCCCCUGAUAUUCUGCUGAUUCUCAGAUGUGAGUUCCUGCAUCUGUCCUUUAAGCCUGCCAGCCUGCUCUCUUCCCUGAUAACAGGUGCCUGAUAAUGGGCACCCAGCCCUCCAGGUUCCCACAUUUCCCAGCAGCCAGAAAGUUGGACGGGAGGCCUUCACGCUCCCAGGUGCGUUUUAGAUCUAUCCAGGAGCGCCCCCCUCACCACCACCCCCGCCACUUUGGUGUCCUGAUACCGGUUACAUAACCACCACAGUCCCGAGCUCUGACAUCACCCGCUGAAGAUUCUCACCAGCCUGGACAGCCAAGGGGACCUAUGUGUGGCCCGGGAUGAUGGCGGGGGAAUGAGCCUAACGGAAGAGCCAGGCACCGGUAAGGGCAGGGGGCACAGGUCAGAGUACAGCAUGGUAACUGGUGGUGACCCAGAGAGGAAGGCGGAAGGAUUUGGGUUUUUUAAUUCCCCGAGUUCCCACAAGAUUUCACUGUUGCCCCACGUUUCCCCUCCACCCUACAUAGGGAAUUUCUGAUUAACUUCCUCAAAACUCGAAGUGCCAGAGGGCCUAACUUCCUCUUCACCCCACUUCUCCACCCUCAGAAGCAGCCUCUUGAGGGAGGCGCUCUCUUCUCCCUCACGUGUCCUGUCAUGUGUCCUCCACUGCUAGUGUCCAGCUCCCAAUUCCUGGCCUGUGGGGCGCUCAGGUCUCUUGGCGACGGCUCAGACUUUCCCCACCAGCCUCCUCCCUUCCCAUUUUUAUUUCUCCAGUCACCACCCCGCCUUGGAUGGUCUACUCUCUCAGCUUUCUCCACUACCUCAUUCCUGCCUCUCCCUCUCCCAGAGCAGACAGAAGACGAGGGGAUGAGAAGCAGUGUCAGGGAAGCAGGGGCGAGAGGAGGCGAGGAAGGGCAGUGCAGACAGGAGGCGCACGGCACCCGCGGUUCUCCCCUGCUUCUGGGGAUUCUGAGUGGGAGGCGGAGGGCCGCCCACUGAGGGAGCUGCGGUGGGGCGUCCAACUGGGAAUCUCGCAGGGGAGGAAGACGUGCAGACCCUGGGACCUCCGCGCACCGCACUCGGGACAGCCGCCUUCGCGACCGCAGCACUUCCGCGAGUCGCCCCCCAAGGGGCGGGGCGAAACAGCAGCCAGCCCGGUGUCCAGCAGCAUGUUCAGCUGGGCCAGCAAGGAUGCCCGCCGCAAGAAGGAGCCGGAGCUCUUCCAGACGGUGUCCGAGGGGCUGCGGCAGCUGUACGCGCAGAAGCUGCUGCCCCUGGAGGAGCACUGCCGCUUCCAUGAGUUCCACUCGGCCGCGCUGGAGGACGCCGAUUUCGACAACAAGCCCAUGGUGCUCCUCGUGGGCCAGUACAGCACGGGCAAGACCACCUUCAUCCAGCACCUGAUGGAGCCAGGACUUCCCGGGGAUGCGCAUCGGGCCCGAGCCCACGAUCGCGGUCAUGCACGGCCCCACCAGGGGCGUGGUGCCCGGCAACGCGCUCGUCGUCCACCCGGCCCUUCCGCAAGCUCAACGCCUUCGGCAACGCCUUCCUCAACAGGGCUGCGCUCCACUUGGCCUGUGCCAAUGGCCAUGCAGUGGUGGUCACUCUGCUCCUGGAGAGAAAAUGCCAGCUUAACCUCUGUGACAAUGAAAACAGGACAGCGCUGAUCGAGGCCGUAGAAUGCCAAGAGGGGAAGUGUGUGACUCUCCUCCUGAAGCACGGCGCCGGCCCGAACGUCACAGACGCCAGUGGGAACACCGCUCUCCACCACGC